CAGUGGUUCGCAUUUUGGUUCGGGAAUUCGCAAUUCCGCAGUUUCGGUUUCGGCAUUUCUCGCUCGUGAAAACGCUCUCGGGACAUAACGGAAUAUAUACGGGCCGGCGCUGUCCGAGCGCACAAAAACUUUUCGAUUAUUAUAAAGUUUGGCGUGAGUUAGUCGUGGUGUGUGUUUUCCCAUAUGAGCAUGCAUUUGGCAUUCACCGUUAGGCGGCGGACAAGUGAAACAGCAGGAGCUGUCCAUUGAAAAAAGUGCGCGCGAAAGAAAGACAAAAAAGAAAGAGUGACCCAACUUUGAGCGCUUAAGAUGGCGCCAAAAAAGUCCACCAUUGUGCUCAAUGUGGAGCAGUUCAUUCACGACAUCGAGGAGCGUCCAGCCAUCUGGAACCGAAACUUCCACUGCAACAAGGCUUUCCUUGAGCAGAUGUGGGACGAGCUGAGCGGAGCGCACAAGCUGCCGAGUGAGGUUUACGUUUUGGAUGAUGGCGCCGAGGUGGAUCUGGAUUUGGGAAACUAUGAACGAUUUCUGGAUAUCACCUUGCAUCGGGACAACAACAUAACUACGGGCAAGAUCUACAAGUUGGUUAUUGAGAAGGAGCGCACUGGCGAGUACUUGGGAAAAACCGUACAAGUUGUUCCACACAUCACGGAUGCCAUCCAGGAGUGGGUGGAGCGCGUGGCGCAGACUCCUGUCCAGGGCUCCUCGAAGCCACAAGUGUGCGUUGUGGAAUUGGGGGGAACCAUUGGCGAUAUCGAGGGUAUGCCCUUCGUAGAGGCUUUCCGUCAGUUCCAGUUCCGCGUGAAGCGGGAAAACUUCUGUUUGGCGCAUGUAUCACUGGUUCCGCUGCCCAAGGCCACCGGAGAACCAAAGACGAAACCCACCCAGAGUUCGGUGAGGGAACUAAGGGGUUGUGGCUUGAGUCCCGAUCUGAUUGUCUGCCGAUCAGAGAAACCCAUCGGACUGGAGGUCAAGGAGAAGAUCAGCAACUUCUGCCACGUGGGUCCGGAUCAGGUUAUAUGCAUCCACGAUUUGAGCUCCAUUUAUCAUGUUCCGCUGCUAAUGGAGCAGAAUGGAGUGAUCGAAUACCUUAACGAGCGACUGCAGCUCAAUAUUGACAUGAGCAAGAGGACCAAAUGUCUGCAGCAGUGGCGUGAUUUGGCACGCCGCACAGAGACUGUUCGACGCGAAGUAUGCAUUGCCGUUGUUGGCAAGUAUACCAAAUUUGCGGACUCGUAUGCCUCCGUGGUGAAGGCACUGCAACAUGCCGCCCUGGCUGCGAAUCGCAAACUGGAACUGGUCUUUAUCGAAUCGUGCCAGCUGGAGGAGGAAACCCAGCUGACUGAGCCGAGCAAGUACCACAAGGAGUGGCAAAAGCUGUGCGAAAGCGACGGUAUCCUUGUGCCAGGCGGCUUCGGCUCCCGCGGCAUGGAAGGCAAAAUCCGAGCUUGCCAGUGGGCGAGAGAGAAUCAGAGGCCGCUGCUUGGCAUCUGUUUGGGUCUGCAAGCUGCAGUGAUUGAAUUUGCCCGCAGUAAACUGGGUCUUAAGGAUGCCAACACAACGGAAAUCGAUCCGAAUACGGCCAAUGCUUUAGUCAUUGAUAUGCCAGAACAUCACACAGGUCAACUCGGUGGCACUAUGCGAUUGGGCAAACGAACUACGGUUUUCGCUGAGGGUCCCAGUAUCACCCGUAAAUUGUAUGGCAAUCCCAAAACAGUGGAGGAGCGGCAUCGACAUCGUUACGAGGUUAAUCCCAAGUAUGUACCGCGGCUGGAGGAGCAUGGCAUGCGAUUUGUGGGCACCGACGAAGACAAAACCAGGAUGGAGAUCAUUGAGCUCAGUGGUCAUCCGUAUUUCGUGGCCACGCAAUAUCAUCCAGAGUAUUUGUCGCGUCCACUGAAGCCUUCGCCACCUUUCCUAGGCCUGAUCCUGGCUUCCGUGGAUCGGUUGACCCAAUAUAUUCAGCGCGGUUGCCGCCUGUCGCCCCGCCAGUUAUCCGAUGCUUCUUCGGACGAGGAAGAUAGUGUUGUGGGAUUGGUCGGGGCAACCAAAUCGCUGAGGAUCUUAAAAAUCCCAAGCACACCCAAGAACGGAAUUUCGAAUGGUUGCAAUGGUAGCUCCAGCACAUCCGAUGGCGAAGGAGCCUGCGGAGGCGUUGAUAUCACCAAUGGACACAAGUGAAUUAAGGAACUGAUCCCUAAGCCUGAACGUGUUUAAGAUCUGAUUAGCAGCCAGGCUCAAGUUAUAACAAUUUGCAGAAGUUUGCAAUAUCAGGAGCAUUGGUGGGUGUGUAUAAUAGGGUAGUGUUGAUAUGAACACUAUUUUGUUUUUCGAAGUGGCAUAAAGUAAAUCCACUUAUAAAACUUUACAAAUUAGUUAUAUUUAGUUAAAUAUUAUUUCAAUCUCCUUCGGAAUAGAAAAUAAUUAUACUUUUUAUUCUUAUGCUUCAGGA